UGCUGCCCGGCCAUGUAAGUGGUACGAAUUUCAAACUCCCGUUGUAGGUAAAUAGAACACAAACACUAACAUGGCAGGUUCAACUGGUGGCGUUUCCCUUUCUUUGUCAAGAGUCCUCUCAGAGAAAUAUAACGGCAGAGCAUUUAGGAAAUAUGCUCAGAAUCAGCUUCUGGAUAAAGCUGAUGACAUGCUCAUCGCCUGGAGCAAAGAAGACAGUUGUAUUUUCGCACAGCUCAUUGACCCACCCGAUUCCAAAGUCCAGACUUUAGCUUUAUCCAAGCCUCCAGUAUGGGAAGUCGAACGGAUACUACUAAAUCACAAUGGGAGAUGUGUCGCACUGAUCGGCCGUCGUGGAGUUGCUGUUGUAGAGCUACCCAGCCGCCACGGUGAAUUGUCUCUGUAUGAUGGUGGACGUGAUGUUAUUACUUGCAGAGUGGAGUACAUUGCAGAAAGAUUCUUUUUGUGUCAUCCAAAGUUGGAGGUGGUUUCAGCUGAAUGGCAUCCAGGGUCACUAGAUCAUAAUUACAUUGCACUCCUGGCAUCAGAUAGCUAUUUGAGGAUAUACAAUUUAUCCUCACAUGAAAUACCUGAACAGGCAAUAUUGGUAGCUCCAAAUACAAAUGUUCUUAAUACCUCAUCAUAUUCUCGUUCUGCAAGUCUUGGAGAGUCUGCAGUAGACUUUGGUUUUGCCCUUCCGAGUGAACAGACCAAACGAAUUUGUGGCAAUCCAGUGUCAAGCAGACUAAGAGAGGAUGCUAUUGAUUCUGAUGAAGAGAUGAAGCAGAAGUAUUUAGAUUUACAGUGGCCAGUUUUCAUCCUUUAUGGUAAUGGUGAUGUGUACUACACAAAUACAAUAUUAGGACCUAACAGGCCACCAUUCCAUUCUGUCUAUGGUCCUUUAACCGUGUCACCAGCUAGUGAAGAUAAUUAUGGUGUUGAUUGUUGUAGUCUACUGGUUCUGCAGUCAUCUCCACCUGUAUUGAUUAUUGCAACUUCUACAGGCCAGCUUCUUCACUGUGUUGUUAUUGAUGGUGAUGAAGAGGAUGAAGAUAAUCAGAAGACUACUUUUCAUAACGGGUCUCGGAUAGGGUUGGCGACUUCUGUCAGACUACAUGUGUAUGAGAGAGUUGACUUGGAGUUGUCUCUGAUGCCAGAUGAUGAAGACUUUUCAUGUCCUCUCUUACUGUGUGCUGAUCCAACUUCACCGAUCAGAUACUGGGUUUGCCAUGAAGCUGGAGUCCAUGGUGUGACAUUUCCUCUUGUGGAAUAUCUUUUACGUCAUGUUGAAGUGGCAGAAGAUGUUAUGUUUAUGACAAGUGACUCACAAUGUAUAGUUGAUCAUGUCGUUUGCACACGAUCUCUGAGCCCUGCAGCCCCCAUGCCAGUUAUCGGCUUGGUUAUCACUACUUUUAAUGUUUUGUAUGUACUGCUAGCGUCUGGUGUCAUAAUAACUUAUGCACAUCCACCAGCAUUCUUUCCACAGUCUUUGGAUGUGGAGGCUCCAGAGAUAAGCAGUACAGUUUCACCCCUCAAGAAGGUUCAUACUGAGUCAUUUGAGGAUCACAUUCGUAACAUUAUACAUCGAUCAUCCUCCCAACCAAUCCUUGCAUCAGGGUCAAAUGCAUCAGUAACUGCGCAUGAGUACUUGAAUUUGAUAAGUCGUGUUAUGCAGACUUUGAGAGUUAAUUAUCUUAAGCCUCAGAGUGCUGCAAGGGAUGAUAUACAAAAGAGAGCUGAAGUAUUGAUGGAACAGAAACAAAGACUUCAAGCUGAAAUAGCCACAUUGCAGUUGUCCAAAAAAGAAUUAACUGCUAAAGCUCAUGAGCUGGCAGAGAGAUAUGAGGAGGCAAAUGACAGAAAAAGUCAGUUGAUCAGCAGAUUUGAACGAGUAGUGACGCAGGUAAUGAGAGGGUUGCCAGGCCUCUCUACAGCAGAGAAAAAUAUGAUGCAGGAGUUGGAAGGAAUGCAAAAGCACACUUCAACAUUAUCAAAUCAACUAACAUUAAUAGAAGAAAAGGCUAAAUUUCAGACAAGUCAGAUGGAGAAAUUAAAUAAUAAUGAAAACUCAAAGCAUCGGCAAAUGUCCAGCUUAUCAGAUAGUCAAAUGAAGGCUUUAAUUCAAGCAUUAGGAAAAGAAGGGGAAAAAAUAUCUGUUUUGGUGGACAGAGUAAACGAGGUGAAGCAAGAUCUGCAGUUAUGAUGAGAAUCUAGAAAUAGGUUUGUUUUAUGCAAGACUGCUGUUUUAGUCAUCAUACUCUGCAUUUUGGCUGUGAGAGCUAUGCCCUUCAUCAAAUUUUACUUAAUACGAGAUUACUUUUUUCAUCAGGUAGUUAUUAAACCGAUACGUGUGUCAACUUUGUAGAUGUAUCCAAUUUCUAUUGUGCAUGGAAAUAGACAUUAUUAAAAAAUCCACUGUAAAAUUUUUAAUUUAUUCUAAUCACUUAUCACCCAUGAAUGAAAAAAAUUUGAAGCUGAGUGUUAUUUAAUAUUUUCAAAACUUUAUUUGAUUUUUCCUUUUAAUGCUAAGUGUUUGAAAUAUACCUUAAAUUUCUACAGUUUGAUAAAAAGUACCAGAUUUAUUAAUGUAUGUAAUAAUAGUUUGUACCAGAUUUAUUAAUGUAUGUCAUAAUAGUUUGCAACAGGAUGCAACGUAAUUUACUUUCUUUUGUUUGUUAAGCUUCCAUCAUAAUCAUUAUCCUGAUGUUUUCUAUAGAAUGUACAGUAUUAUAUAUAGUCCAUGUUAUGGUUGUUUAGUGUUUCAAGGGAUGACAUUGCAUCAAAGACAAGAAUGGUAACUGUACUGUUCUGUACUUUCCAAAAAAGCCUAGUAAGGGGCUUGUGUAAGUAGAGCAACUUAUAACUAUUAUAUCCGCAAAGUUUAUGAAUACAUAAAUCUUAAUUGGUAAUUUAUCCUUAUGCUUUAGAAGCCGACACAAAAAUUUCUGCCAUAUUAUUCUCAAGAUAAAUGUGGAUAGUGAUAAGAGUUAAAAAAUAUGUAUGCCUGAAUUCAUGUUAUUUGUACUUUGACCUCUUUGCCAUUUUUAAAUACAUUGUACAUUCCAUCACAGUGACAUAAAACUGAUAAAUGAUUUUGUUUGACUGGUUGCUCAUAAAAUGAGUUGGUCCUCGAAAGGUCAGGUCUCUUUCCUUGAUGAUUUACAUGGCAAAGUAUAAGAAGGAUUCUCUCUCUUUUUUAUUUUAGAAUUACUGGAGAGGACAUUUUAUAUGAAAUACUAUAGUGUACAUGAUGGAGUUAACAUUUUGGACUUCAUUUGCAAUUGACUUUUAGGGCAUUUUUUUAUAUGUUUUAGCUAAAGAGUUCUCAAGAAUAUUGCAACUGGAACUUUGUCAGCGAAUGUCUGUAAUCUCAAAUAAAAGUAUGACUUGAAAAAAAUUAGCAUUAUUUUGUCUUUUUUUAUAAGAUUUUACUUUUUUGUUAAAGAAGAAACUUUUUACUGUACAGAAACAAAGAAUCACACGAUAUUCAGUGCUUAUUUUUUAUAAAGCAGUGUACUACAAGUUUUAGUUAUGUAAUUUAUACUCUUAAUUUUUUUUAGGUUGGUGUAAAUAGGCAGCAUAUUGAAAAUUAAAACUAUGAUUUGUA